UCCACCCGUCCACUCUCUUUCAAGAACACCUUCAAGAAGCCAAAGCACAAACAGGAAAACACCAUCAUUUUUUCCCUUUUCUUUCCAAGAAACUUUUGAUCUGUAAAAUACUUCGUACAUACAUUGCGAGGAGAAUGAGUAUUCGUCAUUACCCAGAUACCAUGAAGGCUCCAAAUCUUCAGGUCUGGAACAACGCUGCCUUCGACAAUGGCGACUCUGAAGAUUCCGCCGCCAUUAAAGCUUCUUGGUCUCCUAUGAGACCCAUGUUCUUUAAUCAGUCCGAAUCUCUUGAAUCUGAUAAUAGCAAAGAGAAUCAGAGCCCUGAAAUGGCGAAAUCCCCUGCUUCUAUCAAAUCUCCCGUGCCUUUUAAGCUGCUCCAUCAGAAUGGAGCUACCGGGAACUCGCAAGCGAAGCCUUCGAAGAUUCCUCUCAAGCAGGGUAUUCCUGUCACCCCCUCGGUUGGGUUGAAGAAGACCGGAACUGAAGAUGAAGUUUUGGACGAAAAGAAGAUUGAUGCAGAGAUUGAAGAGAUUGAAAUGGAGAUUAGUCGAUUGUCAUCGAAACUCAAGGCUCUUCGUCUCGAAAAGGCCGAGCGAAACGCAAAGGCGGCCGAAAGGCGCGGGAGGAUUGUGCCAGCAAAAUUCAUGGAUCAGAAACAGAGUGCGAAGAAUUUGGGUUUUUAUAAGACUGAAGAACCUAUGAGUGCUGGGACGAGAGUCCAGAGAAGGGGUAAGAGUUUGGGGCCGACUGAAAUUGUCGCCGGGGCCAGAUCAAGGCAGUUGAGCAAGCAGGAAAUCACCCCUGUUCAACCAAUGCAGAGUCGCCGCAAAUCUUGCUUCUGGAAGCUCCAAGAUAUUGAUGAGGAGAAGGUAACAAAAGAGAGGGGGAAGUGUCUGAGCGUCAGUCCGAAAUCACGGAGAACUGCCUCUAAGACUCAAGCUCCAAGGCAAGCUGCUACAACUGUUGGAGCCAAAACAGUUGGGAAGAAAGAAGAUAGGAUUCUCUCAUCAAUUCAGCCAAAGAAGCUUUUUAAAGAUGGGGAAAAGUCGGUUCCUGCCAAGAAGCCGUUGAAGAGUGGGAGGGUUGUGGCCAGUCGUUACAGUCAGAUCACACAGCCCGCAGGAAAUUCAGCAAUGAGGAAGCGGUCUUUACCAGGAAAUGUUGAUGAUGAUGAGAAAAGGAUGGAUAAAAAGCGAUCUUCAUCGGUGGGGAGAUCUCGUGGAGUUUUGCGCGAAAUGGGCUGGGGUUCGGCAGCGGAAAGUCGGGCAAAGAAAAGAUGGGAAAUUCCCAGUGAAGUGGUGAUUCAUAGGAGCGAAGAAGAUGAGUCUUCAUCUUUCAUUACACAGAUGCCCGACUUGCUUCCGAAGAUCAGGGCUGUUCGAUGCAACUUUGAAAGUCCACGGGAUUCGGGACCGGCGAAAAGGGUGUCUGAAUUGAUCGGGAGAAGAUCAUAUUUUUGCACGGAAGAGGAGGAAGAGGGGGCGCCAUCAAUAUGCCAGGGUCUGAAUUUUGCAGAAGUUGAAGAAAAAUGAAUGGAGAAUAAGGGUAUCUUCUACCAUCUGCAUUUGUCAAGUUUAAUUUUGGGAUUUGGUUUUACUGUUGUGGAAGCCAAUUUGCAAUGGAUUAUAAGUUACACUAAUUGUGCCAUUUUUUGUUUUUUAUUUUAUUUUUUUCAUUAUGUGAUAAUGGGAUAAGUUUUCUCUUGCUUUCUA